AUGGCCGGACUAAUACCUCUAAUGCUCGCGUCGAACAACCGGACGAGCCUCAUCGGUAGCCCCCAGACGCCCUCGAGCUCAAGACGUCAGUCGGCUAUCUGUUCCUCCACCAGCUCCGCCGCCCCGACAGUGUCGACGAGCCCGACAAACCCGAGAUACUCGCUACAAGCAGCAAGACCGAAGCCACCAAAGCGCCUUUCUAUCUCUGCACCGGCAGCUCUUCCUGUGCUGCCGUAUACGCAGGCCGAAUGGAGGAAAGCGAUUGCCGAAGUCAAGAGGAAGUACUUCGGCAAGAGAUAUCGGGCCUGCUCAGCAAGAUGCCUCGAGAUCUUAGAGGGCGUCAAGGAUACCUCACAGGUCGAGCCGGUGUAUCUGAUCUACCUCCACUUCUACGCGGCAACCUCGAUCGAGAUCUGCGCGCGUCCGCUUCCGUCCACCUCGGCUUUACGGGCCAACCUCCUGCUACAGGCUCGCACACACUUUGACCGCGCCGCAUCGCUCAUUAACGCUGCUGAGGAGUCGGUGCUCAGGAAAUUCCGGCCGUAUUCUGCUAGCUCUUCACGAGCUUCAUCGACCUGCCACUCGCCCUCCGGGUCCAUCAGCUCCCGAGCAUGGACUCCCGACACGCAUAUGUCCUCGCCAACCGCCUCCGUCUGCUCUUUCGGGGAUGAAUCUCCGGCCGGGUCACCCCAGUACCCACCCAAGCGCGUCAAGAAGGUGUCUUUCUCGCUACCCAAGGACGAGUCCUUACAUAUCGCUGCCGAGCCCUUCAUCCGCCCGGACUCGCCUACCCUCGGAUUCGAAGCCAGCUACUUCCAAUUCGCCGGCCCGCAGCAAGAACUCCCGGAUCUACACCCGCCACCAAAAUUCCAGGAGAUCGAACUUCCGCUGCAGUUGCAGACGAUACCCGAGGACGAAGCCGAGUACGAGACCGAAGACCCAGAGGACGAGGGCUCCCACUUCGUCGCUCGCUCCGUCUCCCGCUGCUGCGAGCACCUCUCAAGUCUGCGCGCCCAGCUCGCGCGUCACUCCACAAGCCUCGAUCAGCUCCUGUCCUCUGCCACCGCCGCGUCCCACCCACAAUCCGAUGCCGGAUCGGAAGCGACAGGCGAGACGACGAGGAAAGGCACGCUGGACCGGCAAGCCAGGAUCGAACGUCUGAGGAGGACCGGCUGGCAGAGGAAACGGUUCGACGCCAGGCGGUACGAGGAACUGUGUGAAGCUGUCUUGGCCGAGAUGGCGUGA